CCUGUGUUUGUGUUUGGGAAUAAAAAGGAAGCCGGAAAAAAAUCAGGACAAGAGUUUUUCUGAUUCUAUCCACAUUUUAGUCUGAUAUCAGCAGACAGAGAGCGUGUUUACAUGUCAACGAAGGUGGGAGUGUGUGUCGUAGGGGGAGUUAAAACGAAAGCAGAGCAUCUUUAACACUUUGCAGCUGAUUUUGAGGCCCUUUAGAAAGGCUUCAUCACAUGCUGACAGCAUUGUUGCAUCCCUGCUCUCCUCCUCCCUUCUCCCUCCUCUCAAUCCGCCCUCCUCUUUACACGCACCUACACUUCUGCAUCGCCUCCUCCGGCAAUAAUGAGCAAGGAUUCCCCGGAGGAGGAGAGCCGAGCUCCGGGCUCCGGAGGAGGAGGAGGAGCGGGGAAAGGAGGCUCCAGGAGGAACCGAGCGGACGACAAUGUCACCAUCCUGACCUCCUCCAUGGAUUUCUACCGGGCCGGCCGGAGCCGAGCCAGCAGCAGCAGCCUCACCUCCUCCGUGGAGCUGAGCUCUUCCUCCCUGGAAACCAGCAUCCAGACGCGGAUCUUUAAGAUCAUCGUCAUCGGGGACUCCAACGUGGGGAAGACCUGCCUCACCUUCCGCUUCACGGGGGGCAGCUUCCCCGACAAGACCGAGGCCACGAUCGGCGUGGACUUCAGGGAGAAGCCGGUGGAGAUCGAGGGGGAGACCAUCAAGGUGCAGGUGUGGGACACGGCAGGCCAGGAGCGCUUUCGCAAGUCCAUGGUCGAACACUAUUACCGCAACGUACACGCAGUGGUGUUUGUUUACGAUGUAACCAAGAUGGCUUCCUUCCGUAACCUGCAGACAUGGAUAGAGGAGUGCAACGGCCAUCGGGUGUCGGCAUCAGUGCCUCGAGUUCUGGUGGGGAACAAAUGUGACCUUGUUGAUCAAAUCCAGGUCCCCUCCAACAUGGCAUUGAAGUUUGCUGACUCCCACAACAUGCUGCUGUUCGAGACGUCAGCGAAAGACCCAAAGGAGAGUCAGAACGUCGACUCCAUCUUCAUGUCGCUGGCCUGCCGCCUGAAGGCCCAGAAAUCCUUGCUCUACAGAGACGUGGAGCGAGAGGAUGGGAGAGUGAGACUCACACAGGAGACGGAGACAAAGACUAACUGUCCGUGUUGAGGGAGAAGAGGACGGGGAGUCACUCUGGGAGAGAAAUGAGCGGAGUAGCUUACAUAAACAGGAAUGGGAUCAUGGAGGCUUAACGGAAACUUUCCUGGUUGGAAAUGACAGGGAAGGUUAAUGCUAAUGCUAAUCAUGUUAGGGGGAAUGGAGGAUAAUGGAAACAUGAGUUUUAACUGAGAUAUCAAAAGAGUUCUUGCUGUUGAACAUAAACGAGGGAUUAGGAGUGGCUUGUCAUGAUGAUGCUGCCUUUUACACUCGUUAUUGUGAAAAUUCUUCCACUGACUUUCCUAAUAAUGCUGUAUCCUCUCAAUCCUAUCUUUUACCCUAUAUUUGCUCUAAUUUCACCCGAGAACCGGACUUCUCAGCCCUUUUUCUACUGCUUUAAUAACAAACGCUGCCUGACUCGUAACCUUCACAAACAUUUAGAGUAUAGAGCGCCAAGGCCACGGCUAAGCCAUCAGACAUCCCGUUUGAGCGGAUUGUUUGGAGGAUUCGAUCUCUGCUCACCUUUCACAUCUGAGACGAAGCAAAUAUAAAUAGAAGGACGAUACCCGAGGGGGGCCUGUGCAGAAGCACCUUGACAAGGUUUCCUAAAGCAGACCCUUAAUGGGUUGCCUUGUAGCACAUCGCCUAUUGAUUUCAGAGAUCCUUUUACCCCCAUAUGUUCUCUCUAACGCUGAGCUUUUCCUUUCCCCUCUACUGCUGAUAUAAACAUAUCCUCAUAAUGUUUUUUGCCUAUGAGUAUUUGAGUAUCUUUAUUCUCCUUAUUCUGUUUAAUCAGGUGCCUUGCAAAAUUACUUCACAUUUCUCCAACAUUUACUAUUUUUGCCAUGUUACAACCAAUACUGUGAGGCAUGUAGUUGUGAAGAGGGAGGAAAUAUUAGACUUUUUUUUCAUCAAAUCAUUCAUACAUAAAGUAUGGCUGACAUAUUAAGUAUGGAGGGUUAAGAAGGACAUAAAUCCCUGAAAUACAUAAAUGAUAAUUAUUAUGAAAUUAACACAUGUACCAUUGAAAGUGACAAUAAAUAAUUAAAUGUACUGUUUAUUUAUUUAACAUGUCAUUAAACAGUUAAAUGUACCAUUAAAAUGUAAUGUGUAUUUAAUAGGGCUGGGUAAAAAAAAAAAAAAAAUUAUCGAUUUUGGAUCGAUUCCUUUACAGUUUUGCUAAAUUAAUGCAUAGGGAAUGAAAUCAAUUAGUUUUAUAGUGACAUUCACAUUCAAAUGAGCAGGGGCUUGCAAACGCCGACCAAAGUAACACACCGCUCAGAAGGCUGUCCCAACUGAAGUCUGGAACCAUUUUGGAUUUAAAACUGCUGAAGAUAAUGUGCUGGAUAUGAAACAUUAA